AAGCCUAAAAGGACUCCAAUCAAUGUAUUACCCAUACCAGAUGACAACAUAAGUGAAGAUAGCUUUGACGAUGAAGAAAGUGAUUAUCAGCCUGACAACAUGGAACUGGAAGUCGAGGACUCAGAUGAUGACGUACUGGAACCAGAAACAGAUGAGGCUGACGAAAGUGAAGAAAAUAUGCAAACUGAUUCUGAUGAAGAGGAAAUGUUGAAAAGCAAAAGGAAGAAAAAGGAAACAAAGGGGAAGAAAAGUGUGGACAAGGUAAAGUUUUGUACUAUAGGCAAAAAUUCCAAUUAUUGCAAAUUGAGCAUAUAAUUAGCCUUUCUCACGAUGAUGAAUAUCCGAUGCAGACAUCAAAACAAUGUGAAAAGCAAUUUAUCAAAAUAAACUAUAACCAUUUGCAAAGCAAAUUUACCAUUAUUCGUCCAAAAAAUAAUAAAAAGUCAUGUAAAUGUGGACUUCUCUCGCAGACUUCAGCUGAAAUGCCACCCAAAAUAGCGGCGUGAGAAAGGCUAAUUAAAUUAGGCCACAUUUCUCACUUUUAGAGUAAGAAAUUCUCAUGGAAAACAAAUCCAUGGAAGCGUCCACGAUCAUCCAACAUUCCCGUUGAAAAGAUGAAACCAUCAGACAGCAGCUUUUCCAAUCUCUGUCAACCAUUUAAAUUUUUCAAGCAAUUUCUCACCAAAGAUUUGUUAGAUCAUAUAACAUUUCAAACAAACUUAUACAAUACCCAGCAUGCAACACUUGGUUAUAAAUGA